AUGAGUGUGCCAAUAGAAGAAGCUGUUGCGUCAGUCGCGCCCAAUUUCGCGAUCGAACCGUUUGACAAAGAUAAAGGCAAGUGGACGAGAUGGGUGAAGCGCUUAGAAGGAAGUUUUCGAAUGUUCAAUGUACCGGAAAAUCGUCAGAAGGACUACCUCUUACACUACAUGGGGAUCACGACGUACGAUUUGCUAUGCGACCAUAUUGGCCCAGUCGAGCCUGAGACGAAAACUUAUGCCGAGAUUGUUUCUACGUUGGGCACAUUUUUCGAGCCAGAACCACUCGAGAUGGUUGAGGUGUGGAAGUUCCGCACCCGGAAGCAAAAGGAAGGAGAAAUUGUUAAGGAUUUCGUGACAGAGCUGCAACGUGCUGCGAAGUUUUGCAAAUUCGGUGACUACCUGAGGAAGGAACUACGAAAUCAGUUGGUAUUCGGAUUGCGGUCGAAACGGAUUCGGUCGAGACUUAUUGAGGAAAAGGACUUGACGUUCGAGAAGGCGUUGGAAGUAGCGCUCUCGAUGGAAGCAUCCGGAGAGGGUGCAGAGAUUUUCGAGAAGCGAUCACACGAGGUAAACUACACGGAGAAACGACCAUUGAAGGUAAAUAGCACUACUAAGAAGAAAUGUUAUCGUUGUGGAAAAGAGGCACACUUGGCGAGUACAUGUCAUCACAAGGAAACUAUUUGCAGUUUCUGUAAGAAGGUAGGGCAUCUGCAGCGGGUAUGCCUUAAGUUUAAAUCGCAGGGAGAACAUUCGGAGAACAAAGAUAACAGAAAAAUGAAAAUGAAAAAGAAAAUGCAUGCUAAUUUGAUAAAUCAUGGAAAUAGUAGUGAUGAUUAUAGGGAAGAAGAUGAAGAGUCAGGAGCAGAUGAGGUUCUUACUCUCGAAAUUUGCAAAGUUGAUGAGUCAAAGUCAUUAUCAAAAGUUAUUCUACCGUUGAAUGUAAACGAAAGAGUAAUCAAAUUCGAAGUUGAUUGUGGGUCUCCCGUUUCGCUCAUGAGUCUUAACGACAAGAAACUUUACCUGAACGAGCUGCCGCUGUAUAAGACUGGCGUAGAGUUGAUUAGCUAUUGCGGAAACAAGAUAGAAGUUUGUGGUUACAUGAAAACGAAGGUACAGCAUAACGGUGAUACGAAUUAUUUGCGGAUGUUUGUUGUGAAGGCAGGCCGUCAUCCUUUGCUGGGCCGUGAGUGGAUGCGGGAGUUGAACGUCGACUGGAAUGAAGUAAUACGAAACCCAGAUUUUUGCGUGGGAGCUAUCAUGUCCCGUCCCCCUACAAAAAUAUUGUCCAGGUCCGUGAGAAAACUUAUUGAAUAUUUUCCACGGGUGUUUGAUCCAUCGGUGGGUACGAUUCAGGGCGUUAAGGCUGCGCUACAUUUGAAGCCGAACAGCAAACCGGUUUUCAUAAAAGCGCGUACCAUUCCUUUUGCAAUUCGUGACACCGUAGAGCGUGAAAUAAGAAGCAUGGUGGAGAGCGGUAUACUAAAGAAAGUAGAGCGUAGUGCAUGGGCUACUCCAGUGGUACCUGUUAUGAAGUCAGUGGAUCGAGUGCGUUUGUGCGGAGACUACAAGGUAACGGUGAACAAAUGUCUCUUGGUUGAUGAACAUCCUUUGCCGACUAUCGAUGAGUUGUUUUCGAACAUGGCCGGUGGUCAGAAAUUUACGAAGUUAGACCUGGCGCAGGCUUACUUACAAAUGGAAGUUCGCGAGCAAGACCGUGAAAUAUUGACCUUGAACACACAUCUUGGGCUCUACCAACCAUCUCGCCUAAUGUACGGCGUGGCAUCUGCGCCAGCGAUUUUUCAACGUGAGAUUUCGCAGCUGCUUGGGGACAUCCCCGGAGUUUCAGUAUUCUUGGACGACAUCAAGGUGACUGGUGCGGAUGACGAAACCCACUUGCAACGGCUGAGAACAGUUCUGCAACGGUUGGACGAGCACGGCAUGCGAUUGAACGUGGAGAAAUGUGAAUUCUUCGCGGACUGCAUUGAAUACUGCGGGUUCGUUAUUAAUAGAGAAGGUAUACGGAAGAUGAAAACCAAAGUUGACGCUAUCCAGAAGAUGCCAAGACCACGCAACCGAGAACAAGUCAGAGCGUUUGUAGGGUUAAUAAAUUAUUAUGGCCGAUUUAUGAAGAAUUUGAGCACACGAAUCUAUCCAAUCAACAACCUGCUGAAGGAGAACGUUUCAUUUCAAUGGAAUGAAGAUUGUGAAAAGGCGUUCCUGUGGGUUAGAAAGGAGAUGCAAUCCGACAGAUUUUUAGUACACUAUGAUCCAAAACUUCCGCUCGUUUUGGCAACCGAUGCUUCACCAUAUGGUGUUGGCGCAGUGCUGAGCCACCUGUAUCCGGAUGGAACAGAAAGGCCAAUUCAUUGUGCGUCUCAAACAUUGAAUAAAUCGCAACAAAAUUACAUUCAAGUUGAUAAAGAGGCGUAUGCAAUUAUAUUUGGGGUUAAAAAGUUUUACCAAUACCUCUAUGGGCGUAAAUUCAUUCUCGUAACUGACAACAAGGCUGUUGCACAAAUUUUGGCGCCUCACAAAGGACUUCCAGCCCUGAGUGCUUUACGGAUGCAACAUUACGCUGUUUUUCUCGAGUCAUUCGAUUAUGAAAUAAGGUUUCGGUCUUCGAAGGAGAAUGCAAAUGCGGACGGAAUGUCUAGAUUACCGAUCCACGAUGAAAAUAAUCAGCGCCUGAUUGAAGAAGUAGAUCUCAUUGAGGUGAAUCAAAUCGAAACGUUACCUGUUACAGCAGAAGAGUUGGCGGAAUACACCAAGCAGGAUUCUAAUGUGAAAACAUUGCUACAAAGUCUGAAAGUUGGUAGAAACGUUGAAGGGCGAGACAGAUUUGGAAUCGACCAGAGCGAGUUCUCGAUCCAGAAAGGUUGCCUAAUGAGAGGCAUACGAGUUUACAUUCCGCCCAAGCUGCGACGACGAGUACUGGAAGAAUUGCACACAGGACAUUUUGGUGUAUCCAGAAUGAAAUCAUUGGCCCGAUCGUAUUGCUGGUGGGAAACCAUUGACCGUGACAUAGAAGAAUUGUCAAGAGAUUGUUGUGAGUGUGCCAGAGUACGGAAAAAUCCCGUGAAAGUUGCGCCGCAUUGCUGGGAACGAGCUUCAGAGCCGUUCCAGCGAAUCCAUAUUGACUUUGCUGGGCCUUUUCUAGGACUAUACUUUUUUGUGAUAGUAGAUUCAUAUACGAAGUGGCCAGAGGUUAAGAUAAUUCCCGAUAUGACGACAGAUACCACCAUCGACCGUCUGCGAGAGUACUUCGUGACUUAUGGAGUUCCGUCAAUUGUCGUCAGUGAUCGAGGAGUUCAAUUUACUUCAGAUCAAUUCCAAGCAUUCCUAAAACGAAACAACAUCGUGCACAAAAUGGGAGCACCUUACCACCCAGCUACAAAUGGCCAGGCCGAACGGUUCGUUCUGACCUUCAAAGAUAAACUGAAGGCUUUGAAAUGCGAGCGAAAAGACGUACAGUUUGAACUCUACAAAAUCUUGAUGGCAUACCGAAGGACAGUACACCCAACAACUGGAAAGUCACCAUCUAUGCUAGUGUUUGGGAGACAGAUGAAGUCCAGGCUUGAUUUAUUGGUUCCUGUUAGCGCCCAGGAGAAUUCAAUCCGCGAGGAAGGAGAGAGUGUACGACGUUUUGCGAUCAACGAGAGAAUUGCUGCGCGAGAUUUCUUGGGAUCUUCCAAAUGGCAGUUCGGGACAGUAACUGAACGAUUGGGUAAGCUCCACUAUAUGAUCGAGUUAGACGACGGCAGAAUCUGGAAGCGGCAUGUGGACCAGAUGAGACCAGGACCCAAGAAGCAGAAUAACGAAAACGAUUCCUGGAUGGAGUUUUUCGAUAGACCACGCAUUGAUACAGUAUCUUAUCACCCUAGCCAGUCGGUUGUUGAAAGUAAUAGCUCUGUUAUCCGUCAACAAACAACGAAUCUUCAAACGUCGAGCGUUCCACCAACACCAGUUUCAGUAAAUCCUAUGGCACAUUCAAGUCAGGUUAUCGAAAGGGUUCAGAGCGAAACGCGGACAGGGACUGAAUAUAUAGACAGGCCCGCACAAGACAAAAACGAAACACCCCGUAGAUCAUCUAGAAUUAGGAAGCCACCAAAACGUCUUGAUUUGUAA